AUGAUGAUAUCAGCGACGGGACGAGCGGCGUCCCUCGCGGCCGUCCUACUCGGACUACAGCAGGCCGGCCUUGCCUUCGCGGCCCCGACGUGCGAGCGAGUGGCUGGUCAAUGGGCUGUGAUCUUCUCCGCCGAAUGCACUCAGUGGUUCCAGCAGAUAGGGUCCAGGCGCGGCAGCCCACCUGAAUCGUGCAUACAGCAAUUUACUAGCGCUGUCUUGGUGGAGAACUUUCCGUGGAACGAUGACGUCGUCAUCGUGGACAACGAAACCCCCGGGGAUGAUUUUUCGCUGCAGCCCGAACAACCUGUGCUCAAGUUCGGGGCCGGUAUCGUGAUCAUGCAGACGUCUUGGGACAUGGAGGACGGGUCGCUGUGGCAACCUCGGAUGUCUAGCAGCGCCGAACGGAUAUAUGCCGAGGUCGAGUACAUCGCAUCCGACAACCACAGCUAUCUAGAUUUCGACCUCAGCGUGCGCUACGAGCCCGAGCACCCUCCUCCGGGCAGACUCAUGCGAGCCCUUUCCGAAGACAAUGACGCGCCCGACGCGGCAGAUGUCGAGGAGAUACUGGAGCUCUCCGCGACCCCUCCUCCCCUGGCACAAGACGCCACUGGCGACCUCUCGUACGAACCAGCUUAUGUCUACAGCUACGAGCUUGAGUCAUACGACUUCAGCUACAGCUUCGAGCUGGAGGACCUCGACUCGUACUCCUAUGAGUUCAUCGACUCCAUGUUUGAAGAAGAAUCAUCGCCUUACUCGCAGACCUACAGCUACAACUUCCGUGGCGAGGAGGAAGUCUCAGUGCCACCGCCCAGUGCGGUUCAGUCGGUCACCUCAUUGGACAUCUACGUGUGCACGGACGAGGACAACAAUCUCGCCGAGCUACGCUUCAACUGCGAUCCCGAAAACGAUGGCGAUGCCCAGUGCUUCGCCGAGGCUGGGGAGCCCAACGUCCGUGCUCUUCACAUUCACGGCAUGGACAUGUACUGCGACAAAGUUUGCCUCGCCGGUCAAGAAGGGGGACUCUGGUGCGACAUCUUCGGCCUCGAUGGAUGCCGCAUGUGCACCGACGACUGUACCUCCAUCUGCGACGGCGAAGCAUCUUGCAGCUCGUGCAUCCUGUGCGGAGCCCCAAGGGUGCCACCGCCGCCCUCGCCAACGGACGGCUCUCGAGGCAUCCCCAUCAUGUCUGGUUCUCCCACCAUGGCUCCAUCCGCAGUAAAUGGCUCGCGUGGCAUCGAGACGAUGUCUCCGACAUCGUCACCGACCAGCUCUUCGUCUAGUGGUUCACGUGGCAUCGAGACCACCAUGUCUCCGACAUCGUCGUCAUCUUCCAGUACUCACAUGACUCCCGCACCCUCUUUCGAGGAUGGCAGCAUGGUACCACUAGAGCCCUCGUACAUGGCUGCACCUACCAGUUCUGCCGAGCCAACUGAUGACCGGGAGAUCGAUUCACCGUCUAUGGCACCUACUACCUCCGAGAUCCUCGAGCCGUCGGUGUCGCCUACGCCGGGAUCAACUGGUUAUGAGACUCCAUCACCUACUCGUGGUAUGAGGGGGUUCGACAAGGAGACUCAGUCCCCGACAACGAGCGAUGGAUCACGGGGCGGGCUCAACUUCGAGACCCAAUCACCAACUGCCAGCAACGACAUGUCGAGGGGAGGAAUCGACUUCGAGACGCAGUCGCCAACCAGCACCUCGCGCGAGAUCGCGACGGCCUCUCCCACUUCCAGCACGUCGCGCGGUAUUCCGAUCAUGUCCGCCUCCCCCGCAUCUGGCGUGACCUUCACGGAAUGUACUCCCGGCGACUCCGACACUUGUUACGACCAGCUGGAGCCUUCGAUGAAGGGCCUUCUGGUGGAGCGGAGCCGCGGGCUGACUUGCGAGGAGAGUUGCCUCGUCGGCGGUGGUUUGUGGUGCGACGCCUUGGGGCUCAGCGGCUGCCGCUUCUGCGCGACAAGCUGCGACAACUUCUGUACCGAGCAGGGCCUUCCGGACGACUGCGAGUGCAUCGAGUGCUAA